CUCGCCACUAGGGGGCAGAGUGUCCAGCCUGUUCACUCCGGAGGUCUACAUCAGGGACUCCUUCCGGCCUCUGCCUUCCUCUUUUCCUCUGCAUCGGGUCGCAAUCAUGGUGAACGUGCCGAAGACCCGCAGGACCUACUGCAAGAAGUGCAAGAAGCACCAACCACACAAAGUUACCCAGUACAAGAAGGGAAAGGAUUCCCUCUAUGCACAGGGUAAGAGGAGAUACGACAGAAAGCAGAGUGGGUACGGUGGUCAGACGAAGCCCAUUUUCCGAAAGAAGGCUAAGACUACAAAGAAAAUUGUGUUGAGGCUUGAGUGUGUGGAGCCCAACUGCAGGUCCAAGAGAAUGCUGGCCAUCAAGAGAUGCAAGCACUUCGAGUUGGGUGGUGACAAGAAGAGAAAGGGCCAGGUCAUCCAGUUCUAAACUGUGGCCCAGUUUUCUGGAGGAAUUUGUCAAAAUUUUCAAUAAAUGUAUUAAAACAUA